GCGACGAGAGGGGGCGGGAUCUGGAGACCUCCUCCAUCCUCGGGCCGAGACCGGAGGGAUGUUCCCUGCUCAGGAGGAGGCCGACAGGACGGUGUUUGUGGGGAAUUUAGAGGCCCGAGUAAGGGAGGAGAUUCUUUACGAGCUAUUCCUUCAGGCUGGGCCAUUAACCAAAGUGACUAUAUGCAAAGACAGAGAAGGAAAGCCGAAGACUUUUGGAUUUGUCUGCUUUAAACACCCUGAAUCGGUGUCUUAUGCCAUAGCUUUGCUGAAUGGAAUUCGUUUAUAUGGAAGACCAAUUAAUGUACAGUAUCGAUUUGGGAGCUCUCGCUCUUCUGAACCAGCUAACCAAAGUUUUGAGAGCUGUGUUAAGAUAAAUUCACACAGCUACAGAAAUGAAGAAAUUGUGGGCAGAUCUUCCAUUCCCAUGCAGUUCUUUCCAAUUAAUAGUGCAGCUUUACCUCAAGAAUAUUUUUUCUUUCAGAAGAUGCAGUGGCCCGCCUACAAUCCAGCCCUGCCGCUGCCGUACUAUGAGAUGGCAGCCCCGCUUCCUAACAGCGCAUCUGCAACGUCUUCACUGAACUGUGCUCCAGAUCUGGAGGCUGGACCCAGCUCCUACGAAUGGACUCACCAACAACCCAGUGACCCUGACCUGUAUCAGACGAAUAAACGAAAGAGGCAAAAACAAACCAGUGACAGUGAUAGUAGCACAGAAAACAAGAGAGGAAAUGAAUACAGCCAAAAGUUCCGAAAGUGUAAGAAAAAGAAAAGAUAUUAGCAUUAUGUUCACAGGAAAUUUGUCUAUGCUGGUCUUCAUUUUCUUAG